AUGAGCAAUACAAACACAGACAUCCUGGUUGCAGGCGCUGCGGCCGCCUUCACCAUCGACCUACUCGUCUACCCUCUUGACACCAUUAAAACCCGGUGGCAGAGUCAGGACUACCUCAAGACCUUCGCGCGCUCGCCUUCUGUCAACCAGGCCCCCCGCAAUGUCUUCCGCGGACUUUAUCAGGGCGUUGGCAGCGUCAUCAUUGCCACACUUCCUGCCGCUGGGAUAUUCUUCAGCACCUAUGAAGCCACCAAGCCGUUUUAUUCGGGUCUCUCCGGGACCUUGCCAGGCUGGGUUGUCCUCCCUACGCCGCUGGUCCACUCCCUGGCAUCCGGCACUGCGGAGCUGGCCUCCUGUCUCGUGCUCACACCUGCCGAGGUCAUCAAGCAGAACGCCCAGAUGAUCCGGUCUAGUGGUGGGUCUAGCCCCCGGCGUGGGGGUUGGAGGAACAGCACCUCCGUCCAGGCCCUCCGCAUGUUGGUAUCAGGUCCCAGCGGCGCGAGCGGCGCGGACGGCGCGGCCCGUCGCCUCCUGACCGGUUACACGGCACUCGUGGCCAGGAACCUACCCUUUACGGCGCUACAGUUCCCGAUUUUCGAGGCAACCAGGCGGCGCAUCUGGGAGUCCCGCGACCGGCGGGCGGAAGCUACGCCGACAGUCAAGGACGCGCCCGGCGGGGUUGCAGGCGGCGAGAGGAGAGUGGAACAAGGGGCCGUGGCGCGCGGGCUGCUCGAAACAGGCUACGUGAACGGGACAAGCGCGGCGCUGUCAGGCGCUGUCGCUGCAGUCGUUACUUCGCCUGCAGACACCAUCAAGACCCGCAUGAUGCUCUUUGCGGGGGAGGAGAGGGAGCGGCGGGCCCAAUUCAAUGAGCAGGAGCAACGGCUGCGGGACUCUGGCGCGAAGGCCUCGGGGGGGGAGACCCAUCGUGAGACACAGAAGAGACUGGAAAGCGCCGUCAGACGCCAAGGGUUGAACGGGAUGGAGGUGGCAAAGCUGAUCUACCGGGAAAGGGGCGUCUAUGGUCUGUUUAGAGGGGGCUUGCUCCGGGCGGCCUGGACCGCGUUGGGAAGUGGAUUGUACCUGGGGACGUACGAAGUUGCCAAGGUGUGGUUGAAGGGCAGCAGCGAGGUAGAUACGGACAGUGGGGACUUAUGA